GGAGCGGGAGGAGGCGGUGGUGCUGGAGGAGAUGCAGGAGCUCAAGGAGCUGAUGGGCGCCAGGCGGCGCCUCAAGCUCAAGGCGGAGAAGCGCCGGAAGGAGAAGCUGAAGGUGCGCACGGCGACGGGCAUGAAGGUGGACGCGCUGGGCGACACCGACAUCAUCGGCGACGACGAGCUCUUUGCGCUGGCCGCCAUCAAGCGCAAGCAGCUGAGCGGUGUGGACAACACGGCGGCACCAGAUGCAGAGGAGAUGGCUGAGAUGGAGAGGGAGGAGAGCGAUGACGAGGAGGAGAGGGGGGGGGAGGAGGAGGAGGGGAGUGACGAGGAGGGGAGUGACGAGGACAGCGAUGCAGAAAAGAGGAGCUCGACUCCUCUUGCCGCACGGCAUGUACGACGCGGAGCUGGAGGCGUACUUCGACACGGCGUACGAGCACUACUGCAAGGCCACCGCCAGCAGCAAGCGUCGCAAGGCGCGCGCGCGACUCAUGGCCAUGGAGGGGCAGGGCGACGAGGGGGAGGAGGGAGGGGGGGAGGAGGGAGAGGAGGGGGGGGAGAUGAGGUGGAGGCGGUGGUGCACAUAGGGGAGGAGGGCGAGGAGGAGGAGGAGGAGAACCCGCUGGUGGUGCGGCUGGGCGAGAGCAGCGCGAGCGAGAGGGUGCAGGCGCAGUGGUUCACACAGGACCUCUUCGACGGGCUCGACCUGGAGGUCGGGGCGCAGGGAGCGGGGGAGGCAGGGGAGAAGGCGGUGGGCAGGGGGGAGGUGGGGAGUGCAGUGGAUGGUGCUUUGCAGAAAAAUGGGGGGAGGAAAGGGAAGAAGGGCCCGCAAGGGGAGUCGAGGUUGAAAGAGGUUAUUAGAGGGGUGAGGGAGAGGGAGGAAGGUGAGGAGGAAGGGGAGGAGGGAGAGGUGGAGGAGGAGGAGGAGGGUACGGGUGGUGUGGGCGGAGGAGCUGAUGUGCAGGCUGGUAAGGCCGUGAGUGACGCCAGUAGGGAUGCAGGUGGGAAGAGCAAAGCGGCCACAGGGAAGGGAGACAGAGAAGGGGAAGGAGACAAAGUAGAGGCGAUGGCGAGGGGGGGCCAGGUGCAGGAGGAGGCGGCGGGGUUUGAGGUGGUGCCGGAGGAGCGGCUGAGCGCCAGCGAGGGGGGCAGCUCUGACAGCGACAGCGACAGCGAUGCCGGUGGGGGGGGGUAUGGCGCACGCAGGGGGGGGAAGCAGGGGCGCACGGAGGGUGGGGGUGCAGCAGGGGGGUAUGGAGGGGGGGCGAUGGAGGAGGGGGAGGAGGAAGAGUGGGACAGUGAUGGCAAGGCAGAGACGCUGGCGUAUGCCAGGCGCAUGCUGCGCAAGCGCGACCGCGACGCGCUCAUCGACGACGCGUACAACCGCUACAUGUUUGACGACGACACGCGCGCGCUGCCCAAGUGGUUUGCGGAUGACGAGCGGCGGCACAUGGCGCCGCAGCGGCCCAUCACCAAGGACGAGGUGCUCGAGCUGAAGGCGCAGUUUCGCGCCAUCAACGCCCGCCCCACCAAGAAGGUGGCGGAGGCGAAGGGGCGCAAGCGGCGGCGGCUGAUGAAGCAGGUGGAGGCGGCGCGGCAGAAGGCGACAGCCAUCUCGGAGCAGCCGGACCUGAACGAGCGGUCCAAGGGGCGCCUCAUGGCGCGCGCGUACAGCAAGGUGGCGGCGGAGCGCGCGCCCAAGAAGAUCGUGGUGGUGGCGAAGAAGGGGCAGCAGGGCAACCGCGGGCGCGGCGUGAAGAACAGCAUCAUGGUGGACCGGCGCAUGAAGAAGGACCUCCGGGCCGACAAGGCCAACGCCAAGAAGGGCAAGGGCAGGAAGGGCAAGGCUGCUGGGGGCAAGGGGGGCAGUGGUGGCAAGGGGAGGGGGAAAUCGAAGGGCAAAGCAGGCGGCGGUGGAAGAAGGUGAUGGACAGGCGUUUGAGUCAAUGCCUUUCAGAAUUCACUGUGGAAGCUUCAUCCCAUUGCUGUAACAUGUUGGCAUCUGUUGAAAAGGCCUUUUAAAGGAGAUCAAUUUCAAAGUAAGCAGAAUGAAUGACUAGAAGGAUGGGGUACAAGGGAAUAUAUCUUAAUGUGCUGUACUCUAUAUGA